AUCUAUUUAAUUUCCGACCUAGCUACUCAGGUGACUUGCCUACUCUCAAAAUCUUACUCGAGCCAAAACUUUUUUAGUUUGUCGCUUUAGCUAAAAGUUUUUACUGAGAUAGGUUGCUAAAUUUCAAAAGCGUAUAUGUUUUUAAAGAAACACGAAAAUCUUUAAAAUCAAACUCGAGCAGAAAGGUUUACCGUAGAAAGCCAGAAGAUGGUAGAGAUUCGUUUUUUUCUAGCUAGCGCCAGACGUUACCGUUUACUGGAGGAGUCCUACAAAAUUCUUCAUAAUUUUUCUACAGUUUGAAGUCGGUGAGAGAUGUCAGAGAGGGAAGUGAUAGCGGAAUGCACCACCGAUGUUUUGGUCAGUUUCGCCGAGUCGCUGCAUGUAUACACAGGGCUGCUGACAGUGGCUACAGUGUGCGGAGGGCUGUCGGGAAUAUUAGCUGCUGCUCUUUUGUACGUUUUCUGUCUGAAGCCUUUGCUGUUGACGAGACAAGGUUACAAUGCAAGGAGGCUGCUUGAACCUGAUGAUGCGGAGUUAGACAACAACCAAAGUGACUGUGUCAGUAACAGCAAGAAGGAGGCUCGAAGUGGCACCACUAAUGACAAAGAGAAGAAGCAGCCACCCAUGAACAGUGAUGUGGCUGCAUUUGCAUCCAGAGCAAAAGUGGUUUAUCCCAUCAACCAGAAAUACAGACCUUUAGCAGAUGGAGCGUCCAAUCCGUCUCUACAUGAGCACUCAAAGUUGCCAGCGAUGCCUAAUGAGGAGUCAUCCUCCUCCAUGGACGGAGAGUCUCUGAGCCAAGAGCAGGACAACGAUGACAGCAGUCAGUUUAUCUCCUCCUCGCUGGUCCCCAAGAGUCUACAGAACCAGAGUUUUAACAGGGUUUCCCACUAUCCCCACACACUGACACAAACAGGUUUUGAAGGUAGGAUCAGCCUUUACUGUUUGGCCCUGCAGGAUAUACAACAACACUGCUCUCAGCUUCAAGACGAAAAAUAUCUGAUUUUUCUACAGAUGGUGAAAAUAAUAUUCAACUCUCGGUUUCCAAAAGACAAAAAUGAUGCUUACUUUUCCAAAAAUAUUCUUCAGAUACAAGAAAAAGAACUGAAUGAGCUGAGGAAACAGUUGCCUACAGGCCAAACUGUCAGUGACAAGAGUCACGAUGCUCCAUGCACAUUGGAGGAAAUUGAGAGAACUCAGAAAGAUCUCCUUGAACGUGGCCUUCAGAUGGCCAAAAGUUUCAGCAAGCAGGUGGAGGACUUGUGCUGGCAUCUGCUGAAGAAGUCCAGCUUUUUCUCUCCAGAUGAAGCUCAGAAUGUGAUUCUGUCUCUGAUUCAGACACUUCUGUCAGCAGAGAAGCAUCUGCUGAACGUUCAAGAAGGAGAUCUAAAGAGAACACAACAGAAGUUGUUGUGGUGGGAGGAGUUGACGGGGCUUAUUCAAUCCCAGCCUGCCUUGCUAAGGCAGGAGGUGACGCUGAGGCAGGGCUUGAUAGCCACAACUCUGGAACAGUUGACAAGUGAUGACGUCUUGAAAUUUAACCACAUGGAAAAGAUACUUUCAAAAAUUCAGGCUACACUGAUUGAAGGCCUUCAACAGUGCACUGAAGAUUGCAUGAGAAAGACAAAUGAGCUGGUGAGUGAGAAGUGCAGCCGAAAGGAGUCAAAGAGGAAGAAGCUUCAGAGGAGUCAGAGCAAGGAGAAGAGUCGUGCCUUAGAACUGAGACAGAGCCCCAGUGACCUACAGGAGCUCACCAAGGUAUAUCAGGAGUUGCUGAUGAAGCACAGGCAACAGAUUUGUGACUUGGAGCAGCAGCAGGACAAUAGGGUGGCUGACGCCCUCUGUGACCUUUGGAAGAAACUUCGUACCUCUUGGUCAAAAAGGCUCGGGGAUCUGGCAAAGGAUGUUUUUCUCACCUCUGUUCCUGCUCAGACGAAGCUCUCUGCUGAACACUGUGAGAAACUGUGGCUGGAUCUGGAGCAGGAGCUGUCUGCUCAGCUGCAGCAGGCGGCGUGCACUACCAAGCAGCAACUGGAGGACAUUAGGGCUGAGCUAGAUAAAGAUGAACAGGUAUGGAGUGAAAGGAUUGCUUUAGGGCGGGCCUGUCUGCAACAUCUGAGUGAACAACAGAUGAAGAUCAUCCGAAUCAUGGUAGCCAGACAGAGCCACACACUCAACAGUGAAAUGGGGACGCUUAUUGAGAAGAAACAUGAGCACUUUCUGCUGGUGGUGCAGAGGUACUUUGUGGUCAGGCACUUCUGUCUGCACAUGCUGAAAGAGAUGAGGCUGUCCAAGCUGAAGGCGCUGUCUCAGACUGAUUUCAGAGCUCUGUUAAUGGGAGAUCCCAGUAAAAGCCAGCCCUGUGUUAAUUCAGCUCUCAAGAAUAGCAGUGCCAGCCUAGCAGAGAGACAUCUGGGCCCAGAGAGCCAGCUGUUGGUGAACAGCUUCCAGCAGGAGUUCCUGUCUGAACUGGAAACAGGAACAGAGCUUCUUCAGAGCCACGCACAGCUGGUGCUAGGCAACGCCCUAAGCCACGCCAUUCAGCAAAUGAUGAAAGCCCCGCCCACAGAGUCACAGACCUCUCCUAAACAAGAGGAUAGCUUGAAGCACCACCUGACUGAAGCUGCUGCAGAGAGCGUUUACUUGACCAAAGAUUCUCUUACUUCACUGGUCCAAAGCUACUAUUCCCACCUACAGGAUAUUACCAGACAACUGCGCCAGGAUGAGUCAAGCAUAAACCAGGAGGUGAAUGAGAGGCAAGAGAACAGCAGAGCUUUGCUGAGAGAGCUGAUGAACUGGGGCAAGAAACCCGGAUCUGCUGAAUUUCAACAGAGGGUUGAGCUUCACAAAAGGAAGGUGCUGGAGCAAUAUGACCUGGAUCAGGAGAUGAGUUAUGAGCAGCUGAGGCAAAAGAAAAUAGCGCAGGAUCAAACCAUGCAAAGGCUCAAAAAACAGUUAGUGGAGGCAGAAGAAAGCUUCAUAACUGAGCUUGCAGCUUUGGCCCGGAUUUCUGUCCACAGUCCUGAGCACAGCAGUGACGAGGACGACAUUGGUGAUCGAAGUGCCCCAGUACUGGACCUGCUGGCCCUGAAUCCAGCAUUAGAUCCAGCCUUGAACCCUUCACUCACCCCGACUAUGGCAGCACCAGUGAAGAAAUCUAAACCAGAGAAGGAAAGAAAACAAGAAUCUCACCAGAGUUGAAAUCCUACCAUAACAUUUACAUUCAGUAUUCUUGCAGUAAUAGUCUGUAAAAGGUUGACUCCUUUUUUAUAGUCUGCCUCUUUUAAAGCCACAGUGCCUCUGUUGAUACUAGUGUUGUUACCAUGUUGUCAAAUCAGAUUUUACAUACUGCUGAAAUGUUUCCUUCAGUUUGUCUGUAUUUUUUAAAUGUGUAAUAAAA